AUGAUGACUCGCUCACUUCGCAUCGCAGUGUUGGAAUGCGACACACCUAUUGCUCCCGUGACCGAACGGCUCGGCGGCUAUGGAGAGAUUUUCGAGCGCUUGCUGCUGAAAGGUCUAGCGGCGUCCCCAGAUUCAGGGGUGGAGUUUGCGGAAAUCAGCAAGUGGCAUGUCGUGGAUAAUCCUGUGUAUCCUGAUCCAAACAAAUACGAUGCGUUCCUUCUCUCUGGCAGCAAACAUGAUUCUUUCAAAGACGACCCCUGGAUUGUGAGUCUAACAGAGUAUGUUCGAGGCCUUCUCGAGGACCACAAGAAGCCUGUCGUGGGCAUUUGUUUCGGGCACCAGAUUAUCGCUCGGGCCCUGGGUGCUCGCGUUGGCCGUGGGGAUCAUGGUUGGGAAAUUUCCGUUGACGAAAUCAAUCUCACCGAGACUGGGCAGCGGAUUUUUGGUAAGGACAAGCUGUACCUCCAACAAAUGCAUCGGGAUGUAGUGCACGAGGUGCCCAAAGGCUGUGUCAAUCUCGGAUCCAGUCCGCGAUGCGCCAUUCAAGGCCUCUACAUGCCCAAGCGAAUCUGGAGUGUGCAGGCACAUCCCGAAUUCACCGAGUUCAUCAUGUCUCAGGUGUUGCAAGCCCGGCAUCAGAGUGGUGUCUUCAACGACGAGCUAUUUCAGGACGGAUUUUCUCGUGCAGGCAAGGCCCAUGAUGGAGAGUUCUUGGCUACUGAGAUUGUCAAGUUUAUUGCCGAGGCCACAUCAUAA